GGAUAGCGUAGCCUACUUAGGAAAAUAAUGUUGUGGUAUUUUGAUCGAUUUUAAAUGGUGUAUUUCGUUAUGUUGUGUGUAUUAUUGAAACAUAUUUGCAUUUUUGCGGCUUUUCUUGUGUAGUUUCACUGAAAAGUGAAAUUAAUCCAUACGGUAAAGUCGCUGCUGUUAUGGAAAUAUUAAGGCCUAGUACAGCUUUGCUGAAAGCAAGCUGACCGUGAGUUGCUCUGACGUCUGAUUAACAGAAUUGGAGCAGCUAACGAUAUAGAUAGCUAACUCGCUUGCUAUUGCUAAGGCAAAGGAGACAGGCGCACAAACAAGGGCUUCACUCUUGAAACUCAGCUCAGCGGAUUACACGUUGACAUACAACAUGGCAGCACGGAGAGAUGGAUCAAGGAGGAGUGAAAAAUGGCACCAAGAGAGAUGAGCGUUUGACCACCUUGGACUACAGCGAGAGACCUGCCAAGGGAGUCCUGCAGAACGGCGCGCUUGGCGCCAUGUCACUGGCUCCCACUUCUCUUGUGCCAUCCAGCCCACUUAUGCAGCCCGUGUCUGGCGACGUGCCCAACGGCCUUGGCAACUCCCCGCCGCCCGAGGACUACACCUCGGCCGUGACAACCUCCCUAGGUCUCUACGAGGACGACGUUGACCACAAAGCGUCAGGUAAGGAUCAGCGGGCCCAGCAGGGCCUCCAGCACCAGCCCUUUGGCCUGUACGGCGUCGGCGAGAACUUCUCGCGCCUGGAGGCCAGCAUCGCAGACCUGAACCGCUCCUCCCCCUCCAUGGACUCUCUGAUUGGCGGCGCAGACCCCAGCCUCUUCCACCUGAAGACGGAGGACUUCUCCCCCAUGGACAAGGGGGAUAUGGACCUGGACCAGGACACAUCUGGUCGCAUGGACAUGGACAUUGGUCACCACAAGCUGUUCAAUGACAACACGCUGGACCUGCUGCAGGACUUUGAGCUGACCGGCUCGCCCUCAGACUUCUACGUGGCCGACGACGCCUUCCUGUCUUCCCUGGCUGAGGACUCGCUGCUGUCGGACGUGAGCACGGACAGGGACCCCAAGCCAGCAAGCAUCCUGGGGUCAGGCUCGGGAGGCAGUGGCGGCAGCGGGAACACCCUCGUCCCCAGCACGAGCGCCGCCCUGGUGGUAAACGGCACGCGCGCGGAGACGCUGUUCUCCAGCCCGCCCAGCACCUCCCCGGUGGCGGCCUCCUGCAGCAGCAGCAGCGGCAGCAGCGGCAUCGGGAGCGCCACGUCCACACCAGCCAUCAGCCCGGCGCUGGUCAAAGUGGAGAAGGACGCCGCCGUGCUGCAGCUGUCCACGCCCGGCGUCAUCAAGCAGGAGAAGGCCAGCGGCGUGGCAGGCCGGAGCUACUGCCAGGUGGGAGGCGGGGCCGUGACCCUGGCCACCCCAGCCGCCAUCUCUAUAUGCGGCGUGAGCACCUCCAGCGGGCAGAGCUACCACUUCGGGGGCACUGCCACCUCCACCAGCACCACCACAGCCUCCAGCCCCCAGCCGAAGGAGCAGAAAGUCUUCAGCUUGUACCCAGCCCUGGGGCCCGUGGCGGGGGACAGCUGGAACAGGGUGAGGCCGACCUUCGGAGAUGCCGGGCAGCAGCAGAGGGUUGGCGAAGGUCUCGGCGGGUCACAGUUCAGCAGCUACGCCAGGUCAGACUCCACCAGCAGUGUGUCUCCCUCGGGGCAGAAGCCUGGCGGGGCGGCCCAUAAGAUCUGCCUGGUGUGCUCCGACGAGGCCUCCGGCUGCCACUAUGGCGUCCUCACCUGCGGCAGCUGCAAGGUCUUCUUUAAGAGGGCCGUGGAAGGCCAGCACAACUACCUGUGCGCCGGACGGAAUGACUGCAUCAUCGACAAGAUCCGCCGCAAGAACUGUCCAGCCUGUCGCUUCCGAAAGUGUCUAAUGGCUGGGAUGAACCUGGAAGCUCGUAAAACGAAGAAGCUGAAUCGCUUAAAGGGCGUCCAGCAGCAGCAGCAGCCUGCGGUGGCGGCGAGUGAGCUGACCCCCCCGGUGCUGCCCGAGGCUCGGCCGCUGGUGCCCAAAGCCAUGCCCCAGCUGGUGCCGUCCAUGCUGUCGCUGCUCAAGGCCAUCGAGCCCGACACUGUCUACGCCGGCUACGACAGCACGCUGCCCGACACCUCCACACGCCUCAUGACCACGCUCAACCGCCUCGGGGGCCGGCAGGUCAUCUCCGCCGUCAAGUGGGCUAAAGCGCUGCCAGGGUUCCGGAACCUUCACCUUGACGACCAGAUGACUCUGCUCCAGUGCUCGUGGCUCUUCCUCAUGUCCUUCGGUCUGGGGUGGCGCUCCUACCAGCAGUGCAACGGCAACAUGCUCUGCUUCGCCCCGGACUUGGUUAUCAAUGAGGAACGCAUGAAGCUUCCAUAUAUGGCCGACCAGUGUGAACAGAUGCUGAAGAUCUCCAACGAGUUUGUGCGUCUGCAGGUGUCCAAUGAUGAGUACCUGUGCAUGAAGGUCCUCUUGCUGCUCAGCACCGUGCCCAAGGACGGUCUGAAAAGCCAGUCGGUGUUCGAUGAGAUCCGGAUGUCCUACAUCAAGGAGCUCGGGAAGGCCAUUGUGAAGCGCGAGGAGAAUUCCAGCCAGAACUGGCAGAGGUUCUACCAGCUCACUAAGCUACUGGACUCCAUGCAUGACAUGGUAGGCGGCCUGCUGAACUUCUGCUUCUACACGUUCGUCAACAAGACCCUGAGCGUGGAGUUCCCAGAGAUGUUGGCGGAGAUCAUCAGUAACCAGUUACCAAAAUUCAAAGCCGGGAGCGUAAAACCGCUGCUCUUUCACCAGAAGUGACUGCACCCCCUAACCCCUAACCUCUGACCUGACCCCCCUCCCCCACACACACACACACACACACACACACACACACACACACACACCGCUGCGGCAGGAACGCAAUGCCUUAAAGAGACACUCAUCACCUCUCUGGUCACCUCAACGUACCCACAGCGCAACGCGGGACUGGUGUUCCCCCCUCCCCCCCUGGCCCCCUCCAGUAGAAGGGCAAUGACUUGGGCAGGGGUGAACAGGAGGACUGCAGGAAGGGAUCACACAGACUGUAUGCAAGCACCGAACGCAGGAGCCCCAUCUGGUGAAGAGACAGAGACAAGACAUAACGUGGGGAGCAGAUAAGAAUCAAACUUUAACGUAAAGACGUUUUUUGGUAUCCAAUCAUGUUUUGUUGUUGUUGUUGUUGUUGGUCUUGGUUUCCUUUCAAAGAACUGGCAAGUCUAUGGGGCUGCGAUGGCAUACGUUGUGACUCUUGGAUCCAAACAAACGAACCGCAACUGCUGUCUCAGGUGUAUGACUUUCAACGUUGAGAUUCCAUAGUAAGAAUGACAUGGCUAAUCAGUAUGUAGGGGUAACAUUUUUACAUUUAUACACUUUUACAGGUCGUCAUUGGCGUAAGGCUACAUCCCCUCCCCCCUCCCACCCCCUCUUUCCCCCAACCCAGAUAGCACUUAUCUCCAUCUACCUUUGUUGGAAAAUUUCUCUCCAAUGGAACUUUGAUAUCAGAGUUCACAAAUCAGAACAAGGUUUAGGUUUGUAACAGUCAUGGCACUUGUAAGUUGAGCACAAGAAAUACAGCACUGUCUGUAAACAGAUACAUGGCAUCUGAUAUACAGCAUCAACUACAGCAGUCUUAUAUAGUAGUCUACACGGUUAAUCUAAUCGGAUUUUGUAGAAUCAUGAAUGGGCAAGCAUGUUCUGAACAUGUGGAAAGAAAGAAAGGGAUAUUAUGUGCCUUUUUGUAGCUUUGGUCUCAUUUUUAGCCAUUUCCUGUUUUGUUUUUCUUUUGUUGUUUUUAUUUACUUUGCUCUCAAAAGUUGAGAAAAUUUGCAAAAUUGCUUCUGCGUUCACAAUGGUAAACACCGUAUCAUGUUGGAUUGAUUGUAGUUGUAUGUAAUUUUACUUGCACUGGCAGUUGUUUUUUCUCUUCCCUCUCCCUCUCUCUCUCUCUCUCUCUCUCAAUCUGGCCGUUUGGUGUUUGGCAGCUCAGUGGUACCCAGGAGACACCCAAAAAUGCAAGUGAUCCUUACUGACCAUGCAGACGACGAUAUUCAUACUCCUCCUAUGGUAGUUUCAUUGGACACCUCUCUCUCUCUGCAACUUUUGGAGCACUUUUAUCGAAGGCUUUAAUGAACGGCUAAAGUGGCUGUAUUUUAACGUGUACAGAGCUAAUGAAAUAGCAAAUAAGGAAGCCAUUUGUUUUCAUCACUAUUGUCACCGUUGAAAAUUGUACAUUGAUUAUGCAAUGAAAUGCAAAAAAAAAAAAAAAAAUCAUUAAUCGACAACUAAAUUUCUUCCCUUUAUGGUG